AUGGAAGGUGCCUGCCUGCCGAUGGCACAGGAAACCGACGAAUGGGAUGUUAUCCUUCGGAUAUUCUCAGUCCGACAUUACUACCCACGCACUCUUGUGUUUUUUACGAAUCGUGGGAUGCGGGACUGGCGACACAUGAGCUUCGGGUUUAACCACAGACAUGGUUCAAGGCUAGAGAUACCCGAGUAUCCGCCGCUGGGUCCAGCCUCCUCUGAAGGGCCAGGACUAGAACACGAGUAUCAUCAGGUACCAGGAGCUCUAGAUUAUUUUAGCCGUGUGCUGGACGAUAUUCUCGAAAUUGCGGAGUAA